CAAACAAACAACACAUCUUUUAUAUAAUAAUAUAAUGAGAAAGAAAGGAUGAGAGUUCUAGUAUCUAUAAACCGAACGAUCCCGUCCCUCGUCUCCUCUUCUGUUCAGCCCUGCUCACCGUCUCGGAGGAGGUCCGAAGUCGCUGCAGCCUCAAACACAGGAAGUCCCUCCUGAUCUCUGACCUGUCCAUGGACCCGGUCCCCAUGGACACGUACUCCACGCACAUCAUGGACCCCAGCUGCAGAACCCUGCGGGAGACUCAGCCCUGGACGUCGCCUCAGGUGUCGGAGCGCUACCUGUCGGCCCACCCCUACCCCACGGUGGGUCAGAUCAGCCCGCGCACACGCAAGUCCAUGAGCCUGGACAUGGGUCAGCCCUCACAGGCCAACACCAAGAAGCUGCUGGGCACCAGGAAGAGCUUCGAUCACCUCAUAUCGGACUCUAAAGCACCGAAGAGACCAGAGAUGGAGUCUGGUAUGACCACGCCCCCUAAGAUGAGGCGAGUAGCGGAGAACGACUACGAGAUCGAGACUCAAAGAAUGGGGAACUCUCACCUGCGCAAGGUGUCCGUCUCCGAGUCCAACGUCCUGCUGGACGAGGAGGUGCUGACCGACCCAAAGAUCCAGGCUCUGCUGCUCACUGUGCUGGCCACGCAGGUGAAGUACACCACGGACGACUUCGAUCAGAGGAUCCUGUACGAGUACUUGGCCGAGGCCAGCGUUGUCUUCCCAAAGGUGUUUCCUGUCGUCCACAACCUGCUGGACUCUAAGAUCAACACGGUUCUGUCCAUGUGUCAGGACACCAACCUGCUGAACCCGGUCCACGGCAUCGUGCAGAGUGUGGUGUACCACGAGGAGUCGCCCCCCCAGUACCAGCCCUCCUACCUCCAGAGCUUUGGCUUUAAUGGUCUCUGGAGGUUUGCUGGACCCUUCUCUAAGCAAACACAGAUCCCCGACUACGCCGAGCUGAUCGUGAAGUUCCUGGAGGCGUUGAUCGACAGCUACCUGCCGGCGGCCGACGAGGAGCGAGGGGAGGAGCAGCUGAGGACGCCCACCUCCCCCUACCCCCCCACCAGCCAGAGCCAGCUCAGCAUCACUGCCAACCUCAACCUGUCCAACUCCAUGACCUCACUGGCCACCUCGCAGCACUCACCAGGUCUUUAACACAGAGAUCCACUGCAGUCGCUCUCAAACACGCCGUCUACUUGAGCUACAGCGCCCCCUGCUGUUUCAUACGAUACACUACACACAGUGAAGCCACAGAGAAACAUCGUCACGUUGCUUUAGUGCAGUCUGAGUUCAGUCUCUGAGAGUUUCUAGGAAUAAACCACAGCCCAUAUAUAUGUUUUUAUUGUUUUAUUAAAUAGGGACAUUAAUAAAACGGCAAGAGUCUAUUUUUAAUCUUUAGUCCCUCGACAGAUGUUAAAAAAAAGUCACCCUUAAAAAUAGAAUUUAAGAUUAAAAUGACAGUUCUGCAUCAUUUAAACUUUACAAGCAUGUAGUAAGAAUAAUAGAAGAGAUGAUGAUAAUAUGAGUUAGUGGAGCAACGGAUCAUAAAACUCAUAAAUCAGAUCAGCAUCAAGGAGAAAGGGAGCAAAUAUUACUUGUACUUUGCUUUAAUUAUGUAAAAGAUGUAAUUUAAAUCUCUGUUUUAUAUUCAUGUGAAAACAUCUCCUUCAAACUACUGGAUUUAUUCAAGUUUAUCACCAAA